AUGGAGUCAAACAAAGAAACAGGGAGUCAAGAAAAUGAUGUCAAAUUGAGAAUAACCGCGAAAAAUGACGGAAAUGGUUCGCGGAAAUCGAAAAGUACUUUGAAGAGAACUCACGAUUAUUUUAAAGAGUAUUGUAAUAGUACCAGCAUCCACGGAUUGAAGUAUUUAGCUGAAUCUAGAUCACUAGGUGAACGAUUAUUAUGGUUAACACUAAUAUUGUGUUCGUUGUCAGCUUGUGCUUACCUCAUUCUCCAAAUAUACGGCAAGUUCCAACAAAGCCCAGUUAUUGUUAGUUUCGCUACGACAGAAUCGCCUAUCUACACGAUACCUUUUCCAGCAGUUACAAUAUGUCCUUUGACGAAAGCUAGUAAAGACAUAUUUGAUUUUACAGAUAUUAUAUUAAAAAUGAGAAGAAAUAUAAGUAUCACUGAGGAAGAAAGACGGUAUGCUAAAUAUAUGUCACUUGUAUGUGAGGUGGAUAAUGAACUUUUCUCAGAAGAGGUUACUUUUACUGAAGAUAUUUUUGAAGCUUUAGAUGAGAUGAAAAUACCUGUGGAAGAAACCAUGACACAUUGCAAAUUCUUGAAUAUGAAAGCAGCAUCCUGUAGUGAUAUGUUUUAUCCAAUCAUAUUAGACCAAAGUAUUUGUUAUACGUUCAAUUUACUGGACAGAAAGUAUAUUUAUAAUGAAAAUGUGGUCCAUUUCAAAAAUUAUCAUUACUCAAAUGAAAGUACUGUAGGUUGGACGUUGGAUAAAGGAUAUGAAAAAACAGAAGACGAUAGAUUGAAUAAUCCAUUUAGAGCUUUCAUAUCGGGAGCUGAUAAUGCAUUGGAAGUAACGUUUUAUCAAAAUAUUAGUAAUAAUGACCCACUCUGCAUCCAAGAUGUACAAGGAUUUAGUGUAUUAUUACAUGCACCAUAUGCAGUGCCAUUAUUAAAAAAACAAUACUUUAAUGUUGGUUUUGAUAGAGUUGUAAUGGCUUCUGUUCGACCUAGAGCGAUGUCUACAUCGGAUAAAGUUCUGCAGUUUAGUUCAAGUAUCCGUCAAUGUUAUUUUUCUACAGAGAAGAAACUCAAAUAUUUUAAUAUCUAUUCACCUAGGAAUUGUAAACUGGAAUGCCUCACAAAUUUUACCUUGAAAACAUGUGGAUGCGUCAGUUAUUAUAUGCCAAGAGUAAGUGGAACUCCAAUUUGUGGUAAUGCCAACUAUAUGUGUAUGGAAAGAGCUGAAUUACGAUUAAAAAUGAAGCAAUUGGAAGAACAAAUAAUAGACUAUGAAGAAAGCUUUUACUGCGAUUGUAAACCUCUUUGUACAGACAUAACUUACGAUUCGGAAGUUUCUUCGUCCCCUUGGGACUUCAAACCGCAAUGGAAUGUAGGUGAAAAUAGAAGUUUCCCUGAUGAGGAACACUACUCCAAACUAUUAGUAUAUUUUGAACACGAUUCCUUUUUGACAUCAGAAAGAAAUGAGCUCUACGGUCCUACAGAUUUUUUAGCAAAUUUUGGUGGAUUAUUAGGUCUCUUUACUGGGUUUUCCUUAUUAUCAGCAGCUGAAAUAAUAUACUUUUUGACAGUCAGAAUGUGCUGUAAUUUUAGGUUAUUCGGAGCUUGGACGGGUCGCCAGGAAUAA